AUGACGUCUCUGAUGGAAGCAACCGCCGCCUAUCCAAAGGACUGGGAUGGGAGGGGCAAGCUGCACUUCGACAUCCCGAUGUGCAUGCUGCAAAACGGGAACGACGCAGAGAAGUUCGGUGUAGUGCACCCUGAGGUAGACGACAACGGACGGCCCAAAACGGUGCGGAUCACGGAAAGGAUGACAACGCCUGCGCAGGUCAGGACGGGGGAGAGGAUCUGGGUAGAGGGCCACAUCAAGGAGAGGGGGGACGUGACGGCAGUGAUCAGACCGUUUGGGAAAGACGUUCUGAUCACCGAAGAAGACAAGGCGGCGAUGUCUGUCGAAGACCGGGCGGAUCUAGAGAAGUUUGAGAAGACGGUCGAGCAGAUGUGCAAGAGCGAGGACGCGGGAGUGAAGGUGAAGGGGGAGUGUCUGAAGGCGAACGUGGUGGGGAGGUGGCUGUUCCUUGUGGAUGGGAACUCGAGGCUGGAGGGAUACAAACGGGGUCGUACCAAGGACAAGGCUGACACGGGAAAGACUACUAAGGACAUCUUCUUCCAAACGUUCUUGGUCGGCCUCACCGCUGACAACAUGGACGACGUCGCGGCUAUGUCCCGGCAGAUAAACGACAACAACAUCGAGUUCAACUCCAAGAAGACUGUGGCGCAGGAGGUUUAUGCCUGCUACCAAAUGAACGACAAGUCCGAAGAAGAGAUGGAGAAGAUCGUCAGCGGAGCGAUGCUCACGUUGUACGGCGAACACACUGGGAAGUGGACUAAGCUGCGAGCAGAGCUCAAAGAGCAAGGGGUGAACUACCCCGGGCUUGUGUUUGCUGUGGGUCUGAAGCCCAGCCUCGGCCUGCUGCUCAUGGACAAGUCGACCUUGAGCCUCCCUGCGGAGAAAGUCGGCGAACUCGGGUCCGCCCGGUCUGUGUGGGCGUUGAAGAGGGUGCACUGCGCCAACCUGUCAAAGGAGAAGCGCGGGUUCUGGGAGCCCAUCUGGCAAAGAUGGGUCAUGCUUGAGCAGCCUGAGCUCGUUGUGCCAGACAUCGACGUCCCGGGACGUUCUGUCGAUGAAGCACCUGCCCGUCUCCUGGGAUGCAGUCGUCGUGCUCCUUUGCGAACUCGACGGAGAGUCCUUCAAGCACAUCAUCGGCCUGGACCGCUCCCGAUCCAAUCUGAAGUCCUGGGUGAAGUGGAUGGGUAUUUUGUUCGCGGUGUGCGAGGCUGUCGUCACCCAGCUCAUGGACUUCGGGUUCUACGAGAAGCCGAAGACGAGAAAGAGGGGGACUCGCCUGCAUUGGUUAAGGACUACCUCCACUUCGCCGGAGCGUACGAUCCGUACUGUCACGCCAGAUUGGCUCCUUGCCAUAGCGUGUCCUGA